UUCUACCUGACGUGGCGCAUCUCGAUUGGAGAAUGUGCGCGGAACCGCGUCAUCUUCGACUACACCGGAGACUCUUGAGACUCGCAGAAGAAACUCUGCUUCUUCCUCUUCAGCUGAUAGGAAGAUCUGCAAAGUCAGUAAGCGGAAUUGCGAAUAUGAGAUUGUUGUGGCUGAUUCUGGUUUCGUACACUCUGUGUAGAGUCGUGAGAUCCGAUCAGAUCCUCUCAGCUCAUGUAGGUGGCACAUUUGGACGCAGCUCGCGUGAACCAAAAUAUAAGAUUGAAUUCCAUCCAGAAGACUCACCAUUUCGUCCGGAUGAUGACCAGGAAUAUAUGGUUAUGCCCAAUAAAAAUGGACAAAAGUAUAUAUGUUUCUUGCCCAGGGUGGAGAAAAUCAAGAGUGGAAAGCCUAUUAGUCAGCUGAACACAAGCAGCAUGAUUGUGGAAACUGAGAAGCGGAUUAAAUUGAAAACACCAGAUGAGCUACUUGAAGUACUGAAGGAACGCUGCUUUAUCAGACAAGAAGGUUGGUGGUCUUACGAAUUUUGCUAUCAGAAGAAACUUCGGCAACUUCACAUCGAAGAUGAUAAAGUAGUUCAGGAAUUUGUCUUGGGUGUUUUUGAUGCAGAGGCCACAGCUGCUUUCAACCAGAAUCUCUCUGACAUAUCCACACUGAAAGAUCCUCGGUCAAAAGAUGCAUCACAGAGGUAUCAUGCUCAUCAGUUCACAAAUGGCACAAUCUGUGAUCUUACAAAUCAGCCCAGAGAAACUGAGGUGAGAUUUGUAUGCUCAGAGCCCAGAGCCAUGAUCAGUUCUAUCACUGAGCUAUCCACUUGCAAGUAUGCUCUUACAGUUCAAAGUCCAAUGCUUUGCAAACACCCAUUGUUUCAAGAAGAGAGACCAGUGUCGCAUACCGUUGACUGUAAUGUUCUUCCCAAGGAUUACAAGGAUAGGAAGAUGGAAAAUGACAGAUUUGAAGAUAAGGGGAUUAUCAUGGUCACCGACGAUUGAAUACCCAUCAAAUGCUUAUUCAGAGGAAUAAGUGACGUACAGAUACCCUUAGUAUAUGCUUCAAAUGUACUAUUGUCAAUAUCAGUCGCUUUGUGAAAUAAUUUGUUUUCUUGAUGCUUUGCCCUGUUUCACAAAUUAACAAAAGUACAAAACUAGUUGGUGACAAUUACAGAGUCCUACACCCUUCUUCUAAAAGUACUUUUUCUUUUUA